UCGCACCGCGCCUGCCCCGGGAAUCCCGGGCGUGACGUCGUGGUCCGGGGCUCCGCCGAGCCCUCCCAGUGCGCAUCGCUGUCUACGCAACCUCGCACUUUUGCCUUGCGUAUGGUCGUAGUGGUCGGUGGCAUAGUAUGCAGCUCUGACGGAAAGCAUCAUCUUGGACUGAAAUUUGCACGCAAGAUCGUAACCGAGCUUGGAGGAAGUGCAACGGGACACGAAUUUAUCAUCGCAACCUCGAAAGCAUGCAUGGGUGAACGGCAAGUUUGCAUUUUCUGCACCGGUAUCCAGUGCGCUCGGCGAGCUGCAACGACCAGCCAUGAUCCCAGCCUCGCUUUCGGUUUCUGAACACUCUCGAGACCAGACAGCAGCCUUAUUUUAGGCCUAUUUGCGGACGACGCGUACUGGUGUGUUUAAUUUCGGGAAAAAAACGUCGAAAAAUACGAUGUCAACGCAGCUGUGAUGCAAAUCCUAUAUAUUUAAUACGCAUUUUUCGAAUUACAAACGUCUGUAACGUGCAAAGGCUCUUGUGUAAGCAGAGUUGAUAGCUUUUAUGUGGCGAACCCUUCGUAGGCUGCACAGGAAGCGAAAUGAAAUGCUGCGUCUCUGCUGAACUGUUCUUUUGCUGAUUGUUCAGCACGUUGAGCGCAUCGACAAUCAAUGGGCAGGCCACCACAUUUUUAAAGAGCACGUUCUUUCUGGUCUUCCUCAGAUUUCUUUGUUGUAUCACGUGGGAGUUGUCAAAGUUUGAGUACCCUCAGCAUCAUACGUCUACAGCCGCAUCAUCCGAGGUGAGACAACUUCGAAAGAAGAAUUUCGUUGGAAAUUGGGUGACUGAAGCAAAUUAAGAGCAUUUAAAAUAAGUUUUCUCAGCAACGAAAGCACGAAAUUUUACCGAGACAAACUUUGAAAAGUUGGUUUACCCUCGAUGGCAGACGACAGCCUGUGUACGAUGUGUGUUGUGUGUGUUGCCGGCUGAAUGGACUCGUAGUGUAGUAAGUUGGCUCAUGAUUGUGCUUCCAACAUCGGCAACUUGCCCUCCCGAGAGUGGUCCCAGCGACUGGGCAGCAUGCGGAAAUUGUCGAAGUCGAAAGGCAGCGACAAACAAAGUCACUCCGCGGCGGCACAAAGACUGGCGACCUACCGAAGUGAUCAGGCAACGGGUGCCGGCGUGAGUUCUCCCGCAGGAAGCCCUAACAUUAGUCCUAGCUCACCUGAUACAGAACCAGGCAGCUCAGGCGGAACUUUUGGUGGUGCUGAAGCAAGUGAAUCCCGUGUCAUGAGCUCUUUAGAUCAGCCAUCUACGAGCCGGGAGAGCAAAGAGUCAACCAAACGUGGCUCGUGCUGCUGCCAGGUGGAAUGCUGUGGGGGAGGGGACUCAGAAGCCAACGCCAAUGCAGACGACGACCUCCACCUAGAGCCCCUGCCCACGCCACCGCCCCCGACACAUGCUAGCGAAAAAAAGCUGAGCUCCGGCUCGCUGGGCAGCGGAGAUGCAGCAAGACCGAAGCAGGUUACGGUGACCCAUCCAGGCACGACAAAGCCCAAGCCAACAUCAAAGAAGAAAGGAUCGAUUCAGGCUGAUCUGGAUGUAUCCAAGGAGCUCAGCCGUUGCAAGGAAGAGGGUGCUACCCGCCUAGACCUAAGCAAAUCCAGUAUCACAGUGUUGCCAGCAUCGGUGCGAGACCUGUGCCAUCUGGUGGAGUUCUACUUGUACGGCAACAAGCUGGCCACUCUCCCACCUGAAAUUGGGGGCCUGGUGAACCUGCAGACGUUAGCACUCAGCGAGAAUUCUCUCACCAGCUUGCCAGACACUCUAGCCAACCUUCGGCAGCUGCGGGUACUUGACCUCAGGCACAACAAGCUGAGUGAGAUCCCUGAGGUAGUCUACAAGCUGACAUCUUUAACUACCCUCUUCCUGAGGUUUAACAGGAUACGAGAAGUGGGGGACAACAUAGCUAAUUUAACUAAUUUAACAAUGCUUAGCUUGCGGGAAAACAAAAUCAGGGAACUUCCAGCAGGGAUUGGGAAGUUGACGCAACUCAUCACAUUCGAUGCCUCAAAUAACCACUUGAAGCACUUGCCUUCAGAAAUCGGCAACUGUGUUCAGCUUUCCACACUUGAUGUUCAGCACAACGAGCUGAUUGACAUUCCUGAGACGAUAGGCAACCUGAAAGCUCUAACACGGUUAGGACUAAGGUAUAAUCAAUUGACAUCAGUACCAAAGUCAUUAAACAACUGUGUAAAUAUGACAGACUUCAACGUGGAGAGUAACGUUAUUUCGCAACUUCCAGAGGGUCUAUUGUCUAGCUUUACCAAUUUGAGCAGCCUCACUUUGUCCCGGAACAAUUUCACGUCCUAUCCGGUUGGCGGGCCAUCUCAGUUUUGCAGCGUAUAUUCCAUCAACAUGGAGCACAACCAGAUCAACAAGAUUCCGUUCGGUAUCUUUUCGCGUGCCAAGAACCUCACCAAGUUAAACAUGAAGGACAACCAGCUCACAUCUUUGCCUCUAGACAUAGGUACCUGGACCAACAUGGUCGAGCUCAAUCUGGGCACUAACCAGCUGAGCAAAGUUCCCGACGACAUCCAGUACCUGCAGUCACUCGAAGUCCUCAUUUUAAGCAACAACCUCCUGCGGCGUCUGCCUCCCACCCUUGGGAACCUAGCUCGCUUGCGUGUGCUGGACCUUGAAGAGAACCGCCUUGAUGCCUUGCCCAAUGAGAUUGGCUUUUUACGUGAGCUUCAAAAAUUGGUUGUGCAGAGCAACCAGCUUGCAAGCCUUCCACGAGCGAUUGGCCACCUUAGUAACCUCACCUAUUUAGGUGUGGGGGAGAACAACCUCAAUUGCGUGCCUGAAGAGAUUGGUACUUUAGAAAACCUGGAGUCAUUGUACAUCAAUGACAACCCAAAUUUGCACAGCCUUCCAUUUGAGCUGGCCCUGUGCACAAAUCUCCAGAUCAUGAGCAUUGAAAACUGCCCACUGUCUCAAAUCCCGCCAGAGAUAGUCAACGGCGGGCCUUCCCUUGUUAUUCAGUACCUUAAAAUGAAGGGCCCAUACCGCACCCUGUGACACAACGCUUCCCAAGGCGCAAGGCCCGAUGAAGACACAGCACAGCCGACAACUCGCCCAAGGACGGCAGGCUGCUGCGGGUGGGGAGGGCCACACCCUCGUGCUUGCAAACGCUGCAGCAGGGCCACCCGCAUGUACCAGUACCUUUGUGUCAUGUGGCGCAGCAAGCGGAAGGUGGUCUGUGGUGGUCUCUACCAAGCACCAGACGCCACUACUUCCACACUUUCCGAGACUAAGCUCGGACAGGAUACUUUCUUUCGUCCACAAGACCCGUGCAUUGUUGCUGAAAAGGUUUGAACUAUUUUUCGAGCCAUUAUCGUCACAGAGACAUUGUGUGUCGUCUCCAGUGUGGUAUACACUUCAGAGAGACAGCUUCGCCUACUUUCAUCCUUUGGUCUGCUGGAAGGAAAUGCGGUUGACAGCAUUUAGUGAGACUGAGGUUGAACAGAUAUAAUUGCUUACCGAGGGCAGAGCGAGUGUCUGGAUGCUGAUGGGAGUAGUCCGGGGGGGGGGCCCUCAGUUGGACGGAAUCUGUCGGGAGAACUGACGCUGCUGAAGUUACAAGUAUCACAUGUUGAUAAGCUGAUAUGUGUGCUGGCAUGCUGUUAAUCUGACUGUUAUCUCUGUUACUCUUUUAUCUGAAGUUGAAACUUUUAUCUACUUGUGCGAUUGUUAUUAGCAGCGUUGUCAUUACGUCGAAUGCCUUGUUUUCACCCCCGAUAUCUCGCAGCGUACGAUUUUUUGCAGAGUGUCUCGGCACAUAGUAGCCGCGGGCUAUUGCAGACGGGGCAGAAAUAUGCAUCAUUGCGUGGCACAAGCCAAGUUGAGCAUGCAACAAGAUAUCUUUCUGCCAUUUUCUUCGCUUGCUUUCUUGUCUCUGUUUCUUUUGUCAGACAAGACACAAGAUAGGAAUGAUAGUACAGUCGACCGUCGUUUAUCCAGUGUUGUCCGUUUCCAGCAAAAAUGUCGGGGGGGACAGUGGGAGACCCAGAUACAGUAGAACCUCGUUAAUUCGAAGUCAUCUGGAUGGCGAAAAAAAUAAUUAAUUAAGCGGGCGUUCGAACUAAGCAAACCUGGGCACAUGGUGAAGGAAAAUAUAUUUAUUUGCCGAAGAAUUCACUUAUCUUCGUCUGCCGCUUUCCGAAAAUGACAUCGCACAUCACCGUUCGUUCAGUUCAUCGAAGUCCAUCACGACGGCGUGCAUGCAGACUCAUCACCGUCGUCAUCAUCACUCUGUUCAUUUGCGCGAGCCGUGUUCAGAACGAUGUCCCUCGUGCGACUUGCGGCACAGGUCUGUUCUUUGUCUUCUAUCCUGGCGUACUCUUCGAAAGACUCGAAUCCCUCAGCACAUUGCAGAUCUCGCGGCUCGGUGAUCGCCACUCUUUCUUUCAUCAUCAGCGUCUUAUACCUCACUCACGGGCUGUCUCCACAGCCCACAGGCAAGAAGUGAACUUCGAAGUGGAUCUCAACAAAAGCAUGAAACAAAAGCAAGCCAGAACGUGUUCGCAUACUCCGUAAUGGUAGAACAGCUGGGACACUGGCUGGCAAGGAAGCACGAGGAGCGAGGAGGUUGUGCCGCGUGAUUGGCUGCUGGGAAAGGGUAGUCAGCAAGGGAGCAAGCACUUGGUUUUUAUGGCAGGUCGUCGUUGCGUCAGUUGGAAGCCGAUGGAAGAUGAUGAAAUUCGGGAGGAAACUUACGAAUUAAGCGGGAUACGGGACAGUUUUCUUCAAAUUAUGCGGUCAGAUUGCAACGCGUGAAGACUGGACCGCAGCAAUCCUUCGAAUUAACUGGAAUUUCGAAUUAAGCGAGAUCGAAUUAGCGAGGUUCUACUGUAAAUGAAAGUUGAGAGUAGACGGGCCAUCAGUUGUCCACAAGUGCUGCGUUUAUUCCGGAGGACAUACCGUCAUCCACCGUCAUUUCAGUAAAAUUCAGCACCUGCAAACUCUUACUGAUGACUUGUCUUAUUCUAAUACAUUAAAUUUUAAUUACUAUUAGAAACGUCGUUCUUUUGCUCAAAUGCUAGAGCCGUACUCUGUGGACUCUGGUCAUCAGUGGAAGCGACCGUCGUCAGCAUUAAUGACAUCUCCAUCCGCAAUCGCGGCUCGGGUGUCAUCAUGCUUGUCAAAGUUGACAUACUCCAGAACUGCAGUGUCGCCCACAUCUGUCGAACUUAGCUUCCACAUUCGAGAACGCAGCUCUGCAAGUGAACAGCUUUCAUCACUCAUUGGACCAUCCGCGGUGAACUGGGCUGGUCAAUGUGCGGUACAUGGGUACGAUAGGACAGGGCAAAUUUCGUCAAGGUCGCUGUACCCCGCUUGACGAAAUGUGGGCUGCACAUUGCCCCUGGUUGAACAUCGAAUAAGGCCGCGUUCACAUGGGGCAACUUUUUCCAGCAACUCGAACAAACGUCUUAGGAGCAACUUCGAGAUUGCAUUCACACGUAGCGACUGUGUAGCUCCACCCACAAGCAAUCUUACGGCAACCGGAGAACGUGGGUUCGAAUCCAACUGACGGUGUUUUUUCUUUAGCUGCUGUUUACCAAAUCUUGGUCAACUUAUUACGCCAAAAGAUUAUCAUUAUCCUCAAAAAAUGGCUAUUGAUAUGUUACUGUGGCGUUAGUAAACAAAAAAGAAGAAAAAAAGUUUUUUCUCAGCUGCGCCUGCAGGACUUGAACCCAUGAACCCACGAACGAAAUCAUGCCAUCGGGAGUCACGUGGCAAUGCUCCCCUCGCUGAUUGGCUGGGGCACGAGCAACUUCUCAAGAUUUCGGUCGGGGAGCGAUUCUGAACAACUCGAGUUGCUCGAGGUUGCCGGUGUCUGCCAGCAACUCAAUAGUUGCUCAUAGUUGCUCUGAACGGUUGCCUCAUGUGAACGCAGCUUUCGUCUGUGGUCCCUUGCAAUCCGGUUCCAGUUCUCUGGAUAAAUUGCAUGGAGUGACAUCUGUCACCGUGUGUUUUGUCUGGAUAGCACAAGAUCGGGGUAAGUAAAGUCAGGAUGGACGGUGCCGACUGUAUUGCUUGCCUAACGUGAAGGGUCACACUUCUGCACACAGAAAAUAAAUAAUAAUUAAUUGUUGUACCCUCUCCGUUUACACGUUACAUUUGUCACUGUCAUAAAGAAAUCCUUUGUUUUAGGAUUCUUGCCAAAGUUGUACAUGUGUGUGUGUGUAUGCUCAAGCACUAUGGUCACCUUCAUGCUGUUAAGUCUUAGCUUUCUGCCUUUGCUGAAGCCCGCAGUUGGAGCCUCUUGAGAUUCCCGUGAGAAGAAAAAUGUUCGUAGAUGUUGAAAUGUGAAGUGCAAAGAACGGAACACGGUUAAGUGAUCCCGAGCGGCACGCAACAGAGGGUCACUCGUUAAUUGUGUGGUGUUUAAUGCAGGACAUUGAGAGACGUGUCAUUAUAUUGCGGAAAGAGAAGUACGCCAAGAAAUUUGUUGUUGGUGGAAGGACAACGUUUGUUGUUUGUUGCAUGUUGUGAUGGAUUUUGUUGCAAAGCAUUCAGAAGUGAUGUCAAUGGCUCAAAGCAUGUUGUUUUAACAAUGGAAUUUUUAAACUGGUUUAUUACAGGACUGAAGCAACAUAAAAGUGUUCUUGCGAAUCAAAAAUGAGAAAGAGAGAAAGAAAAAAAAGCGAUAUCCCCAAUAAAUGCUUAUGUGUUAUA